AUGCCUUCGGCCAUGUCCCAUUUUGGCGUCAUGCUCGGAGUCCUGCUGAUCUUGUGGUGCGGCCUCACAUCCGCCUUCGGCCUCUAUCUCCAAGCACGCUGCGCGCGCUAUCUCGACAGGGGAACGUCCUCCUUCUUUGCGCUCUCGCAGAUUACGUAUCCGAACGCUGCCGUCGUCUUCGAUGCCGCCAUUGCUAUUAAGUGUUUUGGAGUGGGCGUCUCGUACAUGAUCAUUAUUGGCGACCUCAUGCCGGGGGUGGCCGAGGCGUUUGGCAGUGCGGACUCUGGCUUUUCAUUUCUGGAUGACCGGAGGUUCUGGAUAACAGCCUUCUUCUUGCUCUUCAUCAUCCCGCUGAGUUUUCCCAAGAGGUUGGAUUCGCUCAAGUACACGAGCAUGGUUGCCCUGCUAUCGAUCGGCUAUCUUAUCCUUCUGGUCGUCUAUCACUUCGUGGCAGACGAGAUUCCGAAUAAGGGCGACAUUCGUGUCAUUACCUGGGAGGGCCCAGUGGCUGCGCUGAGCAGCCUGCCGGUCGUUAUCUUUGCCUACACUUGCCACCAAAAUAUGUUCUCGAUCUUGAAUGAGAUUAAAGACAAUUCGCCGGCCAGCAUUGUUGGCGUUAUCGGUUCCAGUAUUGGUUCUGCUGCAUCAGUCUACAUCCUUGUUGCCAUCACCGGCUACCUCACUUUCGGCAACGACGUUAAGGGGAACAUUGUCAGCAUGUACCCCCCCUCUAUCGCCUCGACGAUCGCCAAAGCCGCCAUCGUCGCCCUCGUCACCUUCAGUAUCCCGCUGCAGAUCCACCCCUGCCGCGCCUCUAUCGACGCCGUCCUGCGCUGGCGCCCCGGCAACAGCCAGCGCUCGCCGAGCACCUCGAGCGUCGCCUCCGGCACAGCGCCUCUCCUCCCCGCAAUCAGCGCCGCCGCUGCCCCAGUUGACAGCCACGGCGCGCCCGUCGUCGCCAUGUCGGAGCUCCGCUUCGCCCUCAUCACCGGCACCAUUCUCGUGCUGAGCUACGUCACGGCCCUCAACGUGUCCAGCCUGAGCCGCGUGCUGGCAUACGUCGGCAGCACGGGGUCGACGGCCAUCUCGUUCAUCCUGCCGGGCUUGUUCUACUACAAGAUUAGCGACCCGGACAGCAUCUACCACCAGCGUCUGUCCAAGGAGGACGACGACGUUGUGGAUCUUGAUGACGAAGGUGACGACGACGGCGGUGACGCGGACGGAGAGGAUGGCGCAUCGGAGCUAGCAAAUUCGGGGCUGUUGAGCGUGCACAGCGUGAGGUCCAAUGCGAGCGCGGGAGCCGGGUCGUCGGUCUCGCGCUCGCGGUCUCGGUCGCGCUGGCGGUUGCGGUGGAGGCGCAAGUGGCGGUGGGACUUGGAGCACCUCGAGACCGGCCUGCUGCGGAAGCUGUCGCUUUGCUUGUCGGUCUAUGGCGUGUGUGUCAUGGUGGUGUGUUUGAUCAUGAAUACUUUUUUUGAGCACUAG